AUGCUUCCUCUCAUCCCCGCUCUCGCCCUUGCUUUCGUGUCUUUCCUAUCUUCGGCUUUCGUCAUUCUCCGUAUCAUAGUUCCAAUUUUGCCACCGCAUCCCCUUAGCCGUCGAGUCCGUCCGUCUGAGUUUGGCCUUCCUAACUUCCGCUCUCUUUCCUCCGCAGACAAGAGCCAUGUCUGGCUUGCUUCUUUCGAUGUCGUGGCCCUCAUACUGUUCGCCUGGCAAGUGAUAUCGGAGUCUUUGGGUUCCUCCCCAGACUACUCUGCGGCCCAUGACCCUGCCACUGCUGUCCGACUCUGGCUCGUACUUACGCUGCGGCAGACGUGUCUUCUUGUCAUCGCCGUCCUGACUCUCGUGCACGUCCGCAUGGGUCGCUCCGUGGCGCUGGGAAAGAGACAUUGGAUGCUCUGGGCACCUACAUUUCUGCUCGUUGCGACCUCGACGGCUCUCGCCGCCGUGCUGUCAGCGACGGCUGUGCCCAGCUUCUUCAUGGGCUUGUUUGCGUACUCCACUACCCUUGCCAUCUCCAGUAGUGUCGCGUUCGUAUGUCUCAUGGCCACUUUCAUUAUGAUCCGCCGCAACCUUGCCACUCUCAACGAGAUCAGGGACCCUUGGCCUCGCGCACAAAUGGAGGAGCUUCCUCGCCCGUCGUUUGCCACUGAGGAUAUCGAUGCGCUCAAGGACGGCAGCUCAUGGAUUACCUCGCGCGCCAGCUCACGCCGUGAAUCAAUCUCCGCGUUCUCCUUCUCGACCCGCCACUCCGCCAAGCCGUCAACCGGGAGCGUGCGCAUCGCAGCGACGAACCCCGCCAUGGCGUCGCAGCCCUCAGUUGCGCCCAAGUCGUCGUUCUGGUUCAACCCUGCGACACCCUACUCGGGUCUCGGCCGCGAGUCUCCCGUGCCCCCUGUGCCGCCGCUCCCGUCACCGUACCGCACUGGGUCGUCGCCGACGUCCGCGCAGUUCCAUGACGACCCGGACCCGUUCAGGAGCGAGCCUCGCGACCGCCCUCUUGGUUCGCAGGCAUCAUGGCUUACAGAGAACUCUUCGUACCAGCCUACAUUGACGGCGUGGUCGUUCCCCACGAGUCGCCCAAGCUCACCUCCGCCCAGCGCAACCACCCCUGGCCCUCAAACAGAGCUGCUUCCGUCGACUACGGCUGCACGCUCCACGCCUAUCAUGGCUAAUGCUCAGGUUUUGGGUGGUUAUGGAUAUGACACGGAGAAGCACACGAACGGGUUGGCCCUAGCACCUGCUGCUGAUAUCGACGUUUCGGUGAAGCGCACUAUUGGUUGGCUUAUCACCAUCUGGAUCCCUCAGGCGAUGGCUCUCCCGUAUUUCUUCACUGUUACUCAGCAAGCCCCCAUUGCGUCUUCUCCUGCAGCGAUCCUUUUGAUCCUGUCGGUGACACUGUCUUCUCCUCUGCUCGCCUUGCACCUCCUGCUCCGCUCUCCCCUCCCCAUCCCGUCUGGUCUAUUUGACACCUACAACGACCCGCCCUCUGCUGUCAUGCGCGCACCCUCUCCUCAGAGCAUCCCAUCUCUCACGUUCUCGCACGACUACAAGCGCAGUGGCAGUGUCACCGUCGUAGAAGGCCGCCGUAGUGGUGACGUCUGGGUGUCCAACGGCGACGCCAUUGGCGGCAAGACCAAAGUCGGCCGCGCGCUCAGUCUGCUACAGCCCGUCCCGCGACUUGCUGUCUUGCCCGUCGAGAAUAUCCAGGAGGCCCAGCGCACGCCGCCGCUGCCCAUCCAGGACGUGCCCAAGAGCCCAUUGCCCGUCCCAGCGACGCCGCAGUCGGAGAAGAGUGAGGAGCUUGGCCACCAUCGCACGCGUAAAGAGUCCAAGGCAUCAUCGUACUACUCGGGAGGGAGCGAGGCACUUGCGACGCAGAUCAUGACCGCACAGAAGCAUUAUUCCUCACUCGCGAUGACACUCAUGCUCCCGCCCUCUCCAGAUCGCCGUGUGUCGCUUGAUGAAGGCGCCGUCGCGGCGGCUGCUACGGGUGUGGAGCCGUCCCAGGCAGAUACGCCCCGUCACUCGCAGCAUCUGCGCACGCGCUCAGUGUCCUCGAUCACUGGUGGUAGCACUCCAGGCUCACCGCGCUUCCCAAUGAGCCCACCGCCUGCGUCGCCGCUCCCUCCCACUCCGCCGUCGAUCAGAGAGCUGCGUGAGCGCCAGGCGCGCAUGAUCAGCCACAGCAAGUCCCAGUCCCAGUCGUCGUCUCUGCUCAACUACUCCUUCCGUCCAGUGGAGGGUGAUGACGUCGGUGCCAUCGACUCGCUGUCCGCGGGUGUCCUUCCAUUGCUUGUGCCUGGCUUGACGGUUGGCUCGGAUAUGAAGGUGCAUGAGUUCAUGUGGGACACGCCUGCUUCGGUCUCGAGCAAGAGCAGCAGAGGAUUCAGGUUUUCUCGGCUCUCGAAGAAUGUGCCGCAGGAGCUUGGAGGUAUUUCCUCCGAGUUCUCGUCGCCGGAAAUGCACUCUACCCCGCCAGUACGAAAGGCUGUCACUACCCGUCAGAGGAAGACUUCGGCCCACAAGAGGAACCACUUCAGUCUUCCCAGUCUGAGUCUCGGAAAAGAUGGCAUCCAUUCGUUCUCGACUUGGCGUAACGAUCUGAACCGUGUGUUGGACAACGCGGCUGGACAGCACCUCACAGUUGCAACCUCCGAAACCACUCGGAGGAACACGGUUUAUGGUGGCGAGAUCAUAACCAGCACAGUUACCUUGCUCAAUGCCGUCAAGGAGGAAGAGGAGAGUGCACGUCCCCAGUCUCCCCCCGCCACUGCUAAGGAACGCCCUGCCUCAACACACACCUUUGGAGAGGCGCCGCCUUCGCCUGAGGACGUCCCCACAAACGUGAACACCGCGCGCAACUCACUGGCGACGCUGAUCACCGCCCUCGACCAGGAACUCCGCCUCCCGCUGCCAAGCUCUUCUGCCUCCGAAGUCACACUCUUCGACUUCGACACAUCGGGACCGCUCGCCGCCAGCACCCCACAUGACGCGCCGAAGGCACGCUCAUCGUCCACGCAGGUCCCGCCGCUCCCACAAUCCAGCGUCGCCAAGAGUAGCCGCCGCUCGAGCAUAGUCUACAUCCGGUCUGACGAGAACGCUGCACCCACAGGCCGCGUAUCCCCCGUCGUGCGCCCGCUCAUUCCCAAGGCGCGUGCGAAGGCCGACAAGCCUAAGGGAAAGAUCGGUUUGCGCUCGCUGUCGCUCCUGCAGGAUAGGAACACGAAUGUUGGCUCGCCAGCUACUGAGACGCGCGGGCUUUCGUUUUCCAAGAAACAGAAGCAGAAGCAGGUUGCAGCCGAUGAGAAUGCGGCCCCGGGUACGGGUGCAGGUGCACGAGCCAAGGGCUUGAAGCCGCUCCGCCUCAUCCGCAAGGACACGACGAAGGAGCGAGCUGCACUACGGGAGACCGAGGUCCUCCCGGACGUCGUAGUCCGUCCACCCUCCCAGUACAAUGAGUUUGGCUAUACAUUCCAAUGAUGAACUCGACGCACGCUUGACUUUUUAUUCAUGUCAGACAAAAACACUUUUUCGUUUGAAAUAUGCUCUCUCCCCACGCUGUAUCGUUCCAUCUCGCUAUCUUGCUCGCUGUGAUGUGCUCUGAAACGUCUUCCCUAUGCUAUGCCCAUCCUCUCGCUCUCGUGAUAUCUGAUGUUUUCUCGCCAUAGCUCUUAGUUUCUGCUUUGCUCUCUAGGUUUUCGCGUAUAUGUUUUGUUUUCCACGCGCCUGUGGCGCAUUGGCUCUUGACGAUGCAUAUAACUUUGCUUUCGCCCAAUCGCGUUCGCAAACUGCUAUGUAAAUAGACGAUUUGCGGUACUACGUAGUAUCUUCGAUCGAGCGCCAGGUCGCCCGAAAAAUGCACUUGUCUAUG